GCAUGCCUGGUGUUUGAGGAAUCAAGAAGGCCAUGAGCAGCCGGGUGUAGUGGCUCACACCUGUAAUCCCAGCACUUUGGGAAGCCAAGGUGGGUGGAUCACUUGAGGUCAGGAGUGUAAGACCAGCCUGGCCAAUAUGGUGAAACCUCAUCUCUACUAAAAAUGCAAAAAUUAGCUGGGCGUGGUGGUGCAUGACUGUAAUCCCAGCUACUUGGGAGGCUGAGAUAGGAGAAUCGCUUGAACCCAGGAGGCAGAAAUUGCAGUGCGCUGAGAUCGUGCAUUACUGCACUGCAGCUCCAGCGUGGGCAACAGAGGAAGACUCUGCCUCAAAAAAAUAAAAAUAAAAAAUAAAAGAAGGCCGUGAGCGAUGGGGAGAGAGAAGGAGAUGAGGUGGGAGAAGUGGAGUGGGGUCAGAUCUGGUGGGCCCUAUGGGCCAUGGAAGGACUUUGAACUUCAUUUUAGGUGCGGUAAGGGCUAGUAGAGGCUUUGGGUAGGGGAGGGGUAUGCCCUUUACUGUGUGAAACUUGAGUGGGUGAGGGGAUGAGCAGGGAAGCAGAGAGACCCUUGGGGAGCCAUCUCAGCAGUCCAGGCGGUGGUUUAUAUAAUACACAUCGGCAUCCUGGGGUGGUGCCAGGCACACAGCAGGCGCUGCAGGAUGGCAGUCAUUGCUGUUACUGUUUUUGUUUAUUUGAGACAGGGUCUUGCUCUGUCACCCAGGCUAGAGUGCAGUGACACAACCACGGCUCAUUGCAGCCUCAACCUUCCAGGCUCAAGCAAUCCUCCUGCCUCAGCCUCUCAAGGAACUGGGACUACAGGAGGUGCAUGCCACCAUGCCAGGCCAAUUUUUUGUAUUUUUUUGGCAAAGAUGGAGUCUCACUGUGUUGCCAGGGCUGGUCUCAAACUCCUGGGCUCAAGCAGUCCUCCUACCUCGGCCUCCCAAAGUGUUGGGAUCACAGGUGUGAGUCACUGCACCCGGCUUGCUGUUAUUAUUUAAAACUCUGGGCUAGGCACAGUGGCUCAUUCCUGUAAUCCCAGCACUUUGAGAGGCCGAGGCAGGUACAUCACUUGAGGUCAGGAGUUUGAGACCAGCCUGGCCAACAUGGUGAAACCCUGUCUCUACUAAAAAUACAAAAAUUAGCUGGGCGCGGUGGCGCAUACCUGUAAUCCCAGCUACUCAGGGGGCUGAGGCAGGAGAAUUGCUUGAGCCCAGGAGGCGGACGUUGCACUGAGCCGAGAUCGUGCCACUGCAGUCCAGACUGGGUGACAGAGCAAGACUCCAUCUCAGAAACAAAACAAAACCAAACAAACAAAAAACAAAAACCCUUUGGAAUCAGGCACACCUAGGUCGUGGCUGUAACUUGAGAUCUUUGUGACUGGGUGCAUUGGAGCCUAUUAACUUCGCUGAGACUUCGUGCUGUCAUCUGUAAAGUGAGUAGGGUGGUGUCGGGAGUGUUAAAGCAGGUAAGGGACAGAUGUAACGUUUUGGGCACAAGGUCUGGCUCGUGGUUGGUUCAAUAUUUUUGUCAUAAUUUCUAGUCAGCAGCAGGAGGAUAACGAAGGGGUAAGCGGAUAAGAGCAGCUGCUAUGUUUGAAAUGAGUGAUCUUUGAGGGGCUUUUUGGCUAGUUCCUGCCGCUAGCCCUGGCAAAAGGCAGGUUUGGAGGGUGGUAGUGGGGAGGGAAGGGUACAAAGGGUGUCUCCUCUGUAUUUGGUCACUAAAUAAUGGCUCAGCAUCUAGAACAAGGCACAGGGUUCUAGCUUGGGUACUAGAAAGAGCCAAUAAUACUCAUGAUAGUAAUGAUAACAGUAAUAAUAGUCAACACUUACCCGCUGUUGAACUGCAGGUAGUAAUUAAGGUAACACUAGCUAAUGUGAUAGUGAAACCCUGAAUCCUCAGAGGCUUAGCACAAUAGAAGUUUAUUUCUCAUUCAUGAAAAGUCCUGUUGGGUGUUUGGCAGGUGGCUUUCUAUGUGGUGACCCAGGGACCGAGAUCCCUUCUGUCUUGUGGUUCCGGCAUCCCCUAGGACCUUGCAGUUAUUUCCUUCUAGCUGAUGGACCAGGAAGGAGAGAAAUAAUUUUAUGGGCCAAGCCUAAAGUGGCACACUUUCUUUCUGUCUUAAUUCUAUGGACCGGAACUUGACCACAUGGCCGUAUGGGAAAUAGCUUUUAGCCAUAUUCCUAAGAGGAAUCGGAAAUGCUUUGUGGUGAGCACAUUGCAAUUCCUGCCACACCAUAUCCAGGCAUAUAGCUUAGCACGGGGUAUUUUAUUUAAUGCUCAUGCUAGAAUCAGGCACCAUUAUUAUCCCAUUUUGCAGAUGAGGAAACUGAGGCUCAGAGAAGUAAAGACACUGGUGCAGGGUCACACAGCUGGUGAGGGGCUGGUGAGCCAAUACAGGAGUCCAGGUGGCGAGAUGCUGAAGCUGUUAGCAUCCAGAUUUCUAAGAGGAAUUCAGUUAUUUUUUUUUUUGGAGAAUUGGGUGGAAGCAGUGGACACACACACGGGGUUCAGAUAUGACUUCCUGGGACCCACAGAACCCAGCAGGACUCUGGGGGAGAACUUUGGGGAUGGAGCCGAGGGUGGGUGUCACCUGGUGCCAGGGGCUGACAUCCUGUCGCCUUCCCCCAACCCUUAGGGCCGUGGUCAGGAGAAGGCACAGAAUAAUUCAGUUCAGUCCCCCAAGGACAUCUGGGGUCCCCUCUGCUGAGCUGGGCAUGCAGGGCUGCACAUGCUGGCCCAGGGGUAUUUGUGGCUUCCCGCCUGCUCUUGUGGGCAGGUGUGUAGCCUGUAGAGGGGAUUUUUGGAGGCUGCCUAGAGGUAGAAGAGUGGGCGUCCCUGGGGUUUGUAGUGGCAGCUCUAUCUGCUGGCUGGAUUAGUUUUCUUUUCUUUGUUUUUUUUUUGAGACAGAGUCUCGCCCUGUCACCCAGGCUGGAGUGCAGUGGUGCGAUCUCAGCUCACCGCAACCUCUGCCUCCCAGUUUCAAGUGAUUCUUGUGCCUCAGCCUCCCGAGUAGCUGGGACUAUAGGCACCCACCACCAUGCCCAGCUAAUUUCUGUAUUUUUAGUAGAGACGGGGUUUCACCACGUUGGCCAGGCUGGUCUAGAAUUCCUGACCUCAAGCGAUCCACCUGUCUCGGCAUCCCGGUGUUGGGAUUACAGGAAUGAGCCACUGCACCUGGCCAGUGGCUGGUUUGGUUUUGCCCAAAUCUGGCUUGCUUGCCAUUGCAACUUGGCAACAUUUAUCUUUUCGGCCCUGUUUCUUGGUUUUCCAUUUGCAGGGCAGGUUCCUUAGUUGGGCGUGAGCGGUCCAGCCUGGACUGAUGAGCAUUUAUACAGCACCGUGGCAUUCUGGGUCUGACCUAGAUACAGAAGUAGAGCCUCAAGGCGCAAAUGCCUCGGCCUUGCCCUUCAGUCACUCAUUGGGAGGCUGCUGGUCUAAGUGGAAUGAGCUUUGGGCUCACCGCUUCCCUGAAGCAUGUCGCCUUGAGUAGGUGAGAGCCCAAUCUCUCUGAACCUCAGUUUUCUCAUCUGGAAAUGGGUUGAAGUAAGGAUUUAAUGAGAUAAUGUGAAUAUGCCCCCUUUGGGGCACAGCAUGGAGCAGCGGGCACCCGGGGGUGGAGGGCUGAGACAUAGCAGUGUAGCAGGACGAGCCGCAGGCAAAACUACUCAGACACCAGGUUAAAGAAGGAAGGAGCUUUAUUCGGCCAGGAACUUUGGGAGACUUGUGUCUUAAAAGCCGAGCUCCUCGAGUGAGCAAUUCCUGUCCUUUUUCAGGGCUUACAACUCUAAGGGCAGGAGCCCAGACACGUGAUGCUAAUGAAAUAGGAACAGUGGCCACCAUUGGCUAAUAGCUCACCACCUGCCGGGUGUGGUAGGUACUCUUAGUCUCAUUUUUUUGUUGUUUUUGGUAGGACAGAGUCUCACUAUGUUGCCCAGGCUGGUCUUAAACUCCUGGGCUCAAGCAGUUCUCCCACUGUGGCCUCCCAAAGUGCUGGGGUUACAGACCUGAAUCACCACACUCGGUCUAGUAUCAUUUUAUUUUAUUUUAUUUUAUUUUUUUGAGACAGACUCUUGCCCUGUCACCCAGGCUGGAGUGCUGUGGCACAAUCUUGGCUCACUGCAACCUCCUCCUCCCCAGUUCAAGUGAUUCCCCUGCCUCAGCCUCCUGAGUAGCUGGGAUUACAUGCAUAUGCCACCACACCCCAGCUAAUUUUUUUAUUUUUAUUUAUUUAUUUUUUGAGACAGAGUCUUACUUUGUCGUCAGGCUGGAGUGCAGUGGUGUGUUCUCAGCUCACUGCAGUGUGGCCUCUUGGGGCCUCCUCCCUGCCUCUGCUCGGUAACCAUAGCCAUCUUCCAGGGAACUGUGGGCAUGGGUUGGUGACAUUCAAAAUGCGAGUGACAGAGAGGUGAACAAGGUAGGCCCUCCCACUACCGGGCUGGUAUUCUGGGAACAACAGACAAGCUAACUGAUGUCUUUAAUGCCACAGUCAGCUUCAAGGUUCAAGCAAUUCUCCUGACUCAGCUUCACAAGUAGCUGGGACUACAGGCACGCACCAACAUGCCCAGCUAAUUUUUGUAUUUUUAGUAGAGAUGGGAUUUCACCAUGUUGGCCAGGAUGGUCUAAAUCUCUUGACCUCAUGAUCUGCCCACUUUGGCCUCCCAAAGUGCUGGGAUUACAGGCUAAUUUUUGUAUUUUUAGUAGAGAUGGGGUUUCACUAUGUUGGCCAGGCUGGUCUCGAACUUCUUUUUUUUUUUUUUUUUUUUUUUUUGAGACAGAGUCUCGCUCUGUCGCCCAGGCUGGAGUGCAGUGGCGCAAUCUCGGCUCACUGCAAGCUCCGCCUCCCGGGUUCACGCCAUUCUCCUGCCUCAGCCUCUCCGAGUAGCUGGGACUACAGGCGCCCGCCACCACGCCCGACUAAUUUUUUGUAUUUUUAGUAGAGAUGGGGUUUCACCGUGGUCUCGAUCUCCUGACCUCGGCCUCCCAAAGUGCUGGGAUUACAAGCGUGAGCCACCGCGCCCGGCCUCGAACUUCUGACCUCAAAUGAUCUGCCCACCUCAGCCUCCCAAAGUGCUGGAAUUACAGGCUUGAGCCACUGCGCCUGUCCUGGUCUAGUCUCCUUUUAGAGAUGAGAAAACUGAAGCUCAGGGAGGUACCCUGUUCAAGGUCAUGAACUGUCUUGAGUACCAUAGUUGCAAGUGACAGAGCUGUGUCUCACAUGUAACCUCAGACCUGAUACUGACUCCAGAGCUUUGCACCUAACCACUGUAACACAUAGCCUCCUUGCCCCAGGUAAAGAACAAUGGGAGGUGUUGGGUGACCUCUGGGUCUCAGGGCCCUGGGAUAUAGGGACUGUGCCCUUUUUUUUUUUUUUUUUUUUGAGACGAAGUUUCACUCUUGUUGCCCAGGCUGGAGUGCAAUGGCAUGAUCUCAGCUCACUGCAACCCCCGCCUCCCAGGUUCAAUUGAUUCUUUUGCCUCAGCCUCCCAAGUAGCUGGGAUUACAGGCAUGCGCCACCACACCCAGCUAAUUUUUGUAUUUUUGGUAGAGAUGGGGUUUCGCCAUAUUGGUCAGGCUGGUCUCGAACUCCUGACCUCAGGUGAUCCACCUGCCUUGGCCUCCCAAAAUGCUGAGAUUACAGGCGUGAGUGCCCACGCCUGGCAGGGACUGUGCCUUUUGCAUUUUCAAAUGAAUGAAAUGAAUAUUUCUUGAGUGUUGACCGUGUGAUCCCCCCAGCACCGUGUCAUGUGCUGGUUAUGCAUACAUGAUAUUCUGUUUCAUCCCCGGACGGCCCCGUGAGGUGAGUACCAAUAUUAUCACAUCUUACGUAAGAGGACACUGAGGCUCAGAGAGGCAAAGUCACUGUCCCUGGUGCACCCAGCUAGUGGGGGCUGGAGUGGGUGUGAAGGGGCCAGAAGCUUCCCAAUAAGUGCCUGAAGGGCAAGGCUGGGGCAUUUGUAGUUCGCGGCUCUACCACUGUGUCUAGGUCAGACCUACGAAUGCCGCAGGUGUUGCAUAAAUGUUCAUCAGUCCAGGCUGGACCGCUCAUGCCCAACUAAGUGCCUAACCUGGUCUGGGUGAUCUCACAGCCUGCAUUCUUUGCCCUACACCUGUUGUGGGAAAACGUAAAUCCUCUCGUUCUUAGCUAACCAUGUGACACCCGUUCUGGCCAGCAAAUAUGAUCCCGAAUACUUAGGACUCUGGCCUUUCCUGCCACAUGGCUACUGACCCCACCCCCUGGGCUUGGAGGGCUCUAGGGCCCAGCAACCUGCGGAGGGUGAAGAAUGUGUGAGGUCCUGACCUCCAGGUGCCUCUGCUCCUUUCCUCCCCCCAAUUCCCUCUUCUGUCUUCUCCCUCCCUUUCUCUCCCUUAUCCUCCCCUCUCUUCAUCCUUCCUCUUCCUUUGGCUCCCCGCCUCUGCUUCCCUCCUCUCCUGUCCUUUCCCAUCCCCUCCCCUCUCAGCCCACAUCCCGGAGCCUGGAGUUGCAGAGGCAGCUGCAGGAGGAGCAGGCCUCCUACCGGUGCAAGCUGCAGGCCUACCUGGAGGGCCAGCAGCGGAAGGCCCAGCUUGUGCAGCGGCUGCAGAGCAAGAUUCUCCAGUACAAGAAGAGGUGUUCAGAGCUGGAGCAGCAGCUUCUGGAGAGAUCUAGAGAGCUGGAGCAGCAGCGGCUGAGGGACACAGAGCACAGCCAAGACCUGGAGAGCGCCCUCAUCUGGCUGGAGGAGGAGCCGCAGAGGAGUGCCAGCCUGGCCCAGGUGAAUGCCAUGCUCCGAGAACAUCUGGACCAGGCUCCGCCAACCAGGCUCUGAGUGAGGACAUACGAAAGGUGACCAGCGACCGGACACGCAGGCGCAAGGAGCUGGAGCAGCGGGAGGCGGCAUGGAGGCGCGAGGAGGAGGGACCUGCUGGAGCUGGGAGGGGAGCUGGCCCAGAUAUCACGAGCUGUCCAGGAGGCGGGCCUGGGACUGAGCACAGGCCUGCGUCUGGCAGAGAGCCGGGCCGAGGCAGCCCUGGAG